GUUUCCCCCACGCGCGUCGCGGCAAGCGCUGCGCUCCACUCGAUCCCAAGCACUCCGCCGAUCGCCGUUCACUCGAAGAGCAGACACGCGAAGACGACGAUGGCGGAGACAACGACGUCACCGCUGUGGAUGGAGCUUCCCGAUGCGACGGUGUUUGUGAACGAUACGCAUGUUUACAUCAGCGCCUAUCAGCUCCGGCGGCUGGAGGAUCAGCUCCAGCGGCUGGAGGAUCUCGCCGACCAUGUGAGCCAUCUCGAUAAAAAUAUGGAUCAGUUCUUCCUGCUGGUCAACGCUGCCUUCAUAUUCUUCAUGCAGUGCGGAUUCGCCUUCGUAGAGUGCGGUGCCGUGAGGAGCAAGAACACCACGAACAUUCUUAUCCAGAACAUGCUGGAUAUAUCUGUAGCCGGCGUCGCUUACUGGGCCAUCGGCUUUCCCCUGGCGCACGGCGACGGCAACGCGUUCGUCGGCGUGAAGUACUGGUUCAGUUACGAUAUGCCGAGGCAUUUGUUCGCCGAUUGGUUCUUCCACUUCGUAUUUGCGGCCACCGCCGCGAGCAUUGUGUCGGGAGCGGUCGCCGAGCGAUGUGAAUUCGUGGCGUACCUUGUCUACAGCUUUCUCGUCACCGGUCUCGUAAACCCAAUAGUGACACAUUGGGCGUGGUCAGAACAUGGUUGGCUCUAUCAAGGAAUUAGCGAUUCCAACGGAGUUAAUGUCUCAUUCCAGCUUGUUGCGUUGGGCGGGUUCAUUCUGCUACUUGGUUUUCUGUGGGUCAUCGGCGGUGCGCAGGCUAGUAUUUCGCAACCAGGCGACGGGGAGGCAGUGGCAACAGCAAUGGUGAACACUGUAAUCGGCGGAAGCUUCGGAUCGUUCACGAGCCUCGUCAUUAAUAAGAUUGGAUUUCUCGGUAAUCGUCAGUGGAGCCUGUUGAUCACACUGAACGGCGCUCUGACUGGCAUGGUGAGCGUAUGUGCCGGAUGCAACGUUUACUACCCGUGGGCUGCGGCCGUUGUCGGGGCUAUAGGUGGCGUGUCGUUCGUUUGCUGGAGUAACCUGAUCAGUAAGGUAUUCUUAGUCGACGACCCACUGGAUGCUACGGCAGUUCACCUGGGUGGCGGAAUGUGGGGAUUAUUAGCAGCUCCGAUACUCUCUAGAGACACUGGCAUCGUAUUCCAAUGGAGCACACAUUCCUUCUACCAACUGGCAUGGAACAUCGUAGGUCUGCUCGCUAUCGCCGGCUGGACCGCCGUUUGGUCGAUAUUCAUGUUUGGUGGCCUGAAAUACAUGGGAAUUCUACGAGUUUCACGGGAGAUCGAAUCGAGAGGAUUGGAUAUUCCGACGCACGGCGAAGCAGCCUACCCUGUGGAGGCGUACGGACACGGCUGGGGAGAACGAGGAGAUGCUCUCAAAGCUCUUGCUGCGAAGUGUUGCAAAAAUAUGAAAAUUAAUUCCUUCAGUCUAGUCACUGGACCUGAGGCUUACAUCGAUGCACGAUCCAACUGCGAAAACCCAGAGGUGCAGAAGAGAAUGAAUAGCUUGGAUGAUCUAGACGACAUCUACGUUCCUGGCGGGUACUCAGCGGAGAACGGAGGUUCGGUUAAUCUCGGCUACAUAUCGAAUAGCAGCGACCCCUACCGACGCAACAACACGCGCAUCAUUGAUGUCGAUGUCGACGAUGGCGAUACUCGUUUAUAAGAGGUGCCAGCAGCUUCGCGACAGAUUCCACGUUGCGGACGAAAAAGGAAAAGACGACGUGCAUCG